AUGUCGCGCACGUCCGCGCGCGCGCCCGCGGUGCCCCUCGCGCGGUUCACCGCGAGACACGCCGUGGUGGGCACGAAGAUGCCGACGACGACGCGGGGGAUGUCCUCGGCGCGAGCGAUCGAUCGUCGGGGCGUCCGAGCGUCGAUUCGCGCGACGGAGAAGCCGAACGGGAAGGUGUUCCGUAAGCCCGUGGAGUCUCGCAGCGCUAUCCGCAUGGGGAUCCCCUCAAAGGGUCGCAUGGCGGAGGAUACGAUGGCGCUCUUGGCCACGUGCCAGCUUCCGGUAAAGAAGUUGAAUCCGCGACAGUACGCUGCGGAGAUUCCGAGCGUGCCGGGCAUGGAAGUGUGGUUUCAGCGGGCGACAGACGUGGUGCGUAAGAUUGUCUCGGGCGACAUUGACAUUGGCAUCGUCGGGUAUGACAUGUUAGCUGAGAUUGCGUACGGGAACGACGACAUCGUCAUCGUGCACGAUGCUCUCGGAUUUGGUGGAUGCCACCUCGCCGUGGGCAUUCCGCAGGCUUGGGAUGAGAUCAACAGCAUGCGAGAGCUGAUUGCGCUCCCUAAGUGGGGGCCGCAGCGCCCGCUGCGCGUGGUCACCGCGUACCCGAACGUCGCGGAACAAUUUUUCAAGGACAUUGGAUUCGAAUUCGUGGAAAUUCUCACCGCGGAUGGGGCAUUGGAAGCGGCGCCGGCCAUGGGUGCCGCCGACUGCAUUCUCGAUUUGGUGAGCAGCGGGACAACGCUCAGAGAGAACAACUUGAAGGAGAUCGAGGGCGGGCGCGUGCUCGAAAGCCAAGGGGUGUUGGUCGCCUCUAGAGAGGCGAUGUUAAAGCGCGAAGGCUUGUUAGAGAUUGUUCACGAACUUCUCGAGCGCGUUGAGGCUCACCUUCGCGCUCAGAGUUUGUACAUGGUGACGGCGAACGUCCGAGGCGACUCAGCCGAAGCUGUGGCCGAAAAGCUCAACAGCGCGGCCACGCUGCGCGGCUUGCAGGGUCCGACCAUCGCGCCCGUGUACACGCCGCAACCGGACGGGUCAGGCAAGGCUGGCGAGUACUACGCUGUUUCCGUCGCCGUGCCGAAGGGUCGCAUUUACGAGACCGUCAAGAAGCUUCGAGGUUUGGGUGGCAGCGGGGUGCUUACGUUCCCGCUCACGUACGUUUUUGAUGAAGAGCCGCCGCGUUGGAACGCGCUCAUGACCGAGCUCAACCUCGACGCCAGUAAGUACAACCACUUGAAAGUGAUGUGA